AUGGGCCCAAAAAAGAAAAUUGCCAAAAAGGCAGCUUCAUCACCAAAACCAUCGAGCUCGAGUUCCAAAAAGAAUCUCCCUCCUUGUGCAGGGUAUUUGAUUUCGUGCGAUGUUCCGACAAAGGAAUACAUAAAGCACUUGAAUGAGCUGAAACCUGUUGACAAGAAAUUCAUUUUGGAAGAUUUGGAUUCCAGACAUUUGCUGAUCAAAAGAAAAGCUAGGGACGAGAUUGAGCGGAAAGUUGAAGCGUGGAUGGACGAGAACGUGUUUUCGGCAGUGGAGCGAGUUGGUGAAAACCUUGAUAUGUCGUAG